AUGCCCGGUUUAAGGUACAACGACAUUCCCCAUGUGAAAUCAACAUCAAUGUAUUACAAAAAAGUGCAAGGUGAAAAAUAUGAGCCAGAUUGGAUAGCCGUGUCGUCCACAAUCAUACCUUUGGUGGAGCGCCAUACCAACGUGGGAGUAGGAUUUCGGGUCGGAUCAUCGACCGGAAGCGAAAAAAACGAUGGUUAUGAGGGUGUAUCGACAGUGGACAAAUAUUACAAGCAGGCCUAUGUUAAACAUAUCAGCAAAAAAUACACAAAAGUUGGCACUGCAGGAGCAUUCGUGCAACCGGGAACUCUCAUAACCGGUAAAACCACGAAUUCUAAUAAAAAGGAUGCUCAUUAAUGAUCGAAAGCAUGCUGCUGGCAAUAUUUCAAGUGUUACUGCUUAUGACAUGCUUGAGAUAUCAUUACAACAUAAGAUAUAUCGUUAUAUUUUUU